AUGACCCGGAUCAUAACUGAAUGCGCCCAGCACAGCCAUCUGGUGGCCGAAGAAACACGAGUGACGCGAUCCUCUGUCUUCUGUUCUCUUCGUACAGUCACGGGGACGAUCGAAGGAGAGGGAGAAGGAGGAGAGGAGGAGAGGAGGGAGAAGGAAGUUCAGGAAAAUUCAGCAAAAUCUGCGUCCCUCCAUCCAGGGAGGCAAGGGUGCGUCAUGACCUCCUCGCCGACCCGGUAUCCCUCUAAUAAGCUUCUGCAGGAGCUUCGGGACGCCUUCGUCUACGCCUACGGAGCCUACCUUCUCACCUCCUCCAAUCCCCACCUCAUGCCCGUAGGACGGGAGUGCGAGAAUAGCCUGGCUUACCUCACGGGGUUCGAAGGGGAAGGUGUAGCCAUCAUAACUAAGUCGAGAGCGGCCCUUUGGGUCAACCCGGAUGACCUUCACCAAGCGGAUCGCAUUCUCGACUGCGCCUGGUCUAUCUACCUCCUCUCAGGUAAUUUUAGCGUUCAGGAGUUCUUGAAAAGUGAGUUCCCCGAGGAGCUGGUAGGGACAUCAGAUAGUGGUCAGAUCCUGGUUGGUGGGGACUCAGCCCUCGUCUCGUCCAAAAUGUGGCUUUCUUGGAGGAAUGACCUGGAGGUUCGAUCCAUUUACCUCACGUCGAUCAACGUGAAUCUUGUGGAUCGGAUGCGGGAAAAGAAACCAGAGUGUCCACACCACCCCAUUUCCGUCGCUCAUCCCUCGGUGAUAGACGAAGGGUGGAGGGCGAAGGUUAAAGAGGUUCGCCGGAGACUCAGGAUGAUGGGCGGAGAGGGACUAGGGAUGCUGGGAACGAGCCUGGAUGAGACAGCCUUCCUCUUUGACCUACGAGGAGCCGACUUCCCUUAUCAACCUCUCUUCCCCUCCUUUCUCUACCUCAAUGCCUCUUCCAUCAUCCUCUUCUUAGACGAGAAGAAUGUGACAAAGGAAGUGAAGAAGCACCUGGGAGCGAAGAAGAAGUGUGGGUCGGGUGAGGAUUGUUUCCUCCUUCAACCCUAUGAGACCUUCCAUGAGUGGCUCAAAGACUUAUCUCUCCCAACGGACGGGAAGCUGUUGUUGCCGGAGGGCAUUUCCUACUACAUCCACGAAACCCUGGAGAGAACUUUAGCGGAGAAGUUGGUGAUGGGAGAAUCUCCGAUGCUGAAGAUGAAGUUCCGGUUCGGUUCAAGUGCUUCCCUGGCCUCAAAAAGAGCCCAUUUAAGGGAUUCUCAAGCCCUCGUCCGGUUCCUCGCUGAGAUCCACCGAUUACGGGUGGAGGGAGAGAUGGAACGCUCGACGGAGACGAAGCUGAAGGCCCUUCUGGUCAGUCUCAGGCAAGAGGGAGGGAAGGAGAUCCUCAUGAAUGAGAGCAUCCCCACGGUCUCUUCGUUUGGACCUUCCUCCAUCCUUUAUCACACAGAAUCUGGAGCCAUCUACAAUGACGGGGUGACGAAGGUGUCCCGGACGGUAGCUUGGAAUGGGAAGGAGAACAAAGAAAUAAAAGAAAUUAAAGAACUUUAUACCAGGGUCCUGAAGGCCCACAUUCGCCUCGCCACUGCCGUCUUCCCCUUCGGAACGAGAGACACGGAGUUGGAUUUCCUGGCGAGAUCAGAGGUGACCCGAGUCGGUUUGGAUUACCCACACGCUUCCGCUCAUUCAAUCGGAACCAUUUCCGCCUAUCAAGAUACGAUUAGAAUCAGUCGAAUGAAUCCAAAUCCCCAGGAGAUCAUGGAGGGUCAAGUCAUCCACAUCAAUCCUGGUGCUUAUGUGGAGGGGCGAUUAGGUGCAAGACUGGGCAGCGAUUACAUCGUCGUGCUAAAAGAUACUCUGUUUGGUAAAAAGAGCCUGGGAUUCGAGCCAUUGAUGCUGGUGCCCUUCGACCGUGAGCUCAUCCUCCCUCACCUUCUCUCACACGACGAGGCAAGUCCACUUUCAGUGCGUCUCGUAUCAUCGUGA